AAAGAUAACCUCCAAAUAUAAAUCAAACAAAUUUACAUAACACAAUGUAAUAUAUACGUUUUAUUUUGGGUAAAUCCACAUUAAAUAUUAAUUUAGAGUUUAAAACGGUGAUUAAAUUCUUUGAGAAUGAGUGUUAAUCGGUUUGAAUUCAAAUUUAUUACUUAAUCUCUGAUUGAUGUGAUGACAUAACCUCAAAAAAUUAAAUUUAUAAUUAUAAAGUAUUAAAAGUAGUAUUUGUUAUGGAGCAGGAUUUAAAUGGAACUGGAUUAGCGACAAAAGAAGCCCUUAAAAGAUUACACGGGGAGAUAGCGUCGGUUUUAAAUCAAUUUAAAGCAUCACAAAAGAAUCGGAAAUUAAACACUUGGAUAACAAAGGGGUUUCUCAUUAGGAAUAAACACGCAACGGUUAAUUUCCUCUCGUUAUUUUUUAGUUUAUUGUGUAUAAUUUUAUUGAUCGUAACAUAUUACAUAAAUUCAUUAUGGAUUUAUUUAGUUGAAGCUUUAAUUUUAUUAUUUCUGUUAAUUUUUAACGGGAUGUUUCAAUAUUACGACCGAAAGUUACGAUACAAUGAAAUACCAAACCGGGCUAAUAAACUUUUGGAUAUUUUAAGUAUAAAUUUAGAAAAAAUUAAGUGGGGUUAUGAGAAUUAUCCACAAAUACAUUUGCCACCUUCGCCAUGUAUCACUUUACAAUGGACCUAUCGAGAUAAUAAAAUCGUUAAUUUACCAUGGGCCCUUUUAGUGACAGGAGAUGUGAUUUUAAUGCGACCGGGGCAAUUAAGUCCUGGGUAUUGUGAGGCGAUCGAUAAAAACACCGAAUUUCCAAUUUUGCACUCCAAAGAGAUGUUUAGUCCGAAUUUACGCGCGGAAAAUGAAAUUUUUAGUAUUCCAAAGUCGCGGAAACCUUUGGAAUGUAAGAAAUAUCGGUUGAAAGAAACCCCUUACAUCGAUAAUUUAAAAAUUGCUUUGGAACAAGCGUUAGAUCGCCCAGUGAGCUUGCAAAAUCAACAAAGACACUACGUGAUGGUUCAAAUCAUGGAAAGAAUCAUUUUGCCAACAUUUUUUUUAUUGGUUUUGUUAUUAAAUUUGUUCCGAUACUUUUAUUUGGAACGAUUUAUCGGGAAAUCAUCAACGUUAAACUUAUUCCUUUUAAUCCCCGUAUCCACAGUUUUACCUUUCUUACCCUUAUUAUUCCCGAUUACUUGGAGUUUAUUAAACAGCUACGGAGUGGCGCAUUUUAAAGCGUUAUAUGAUGAAAACUGUCAAUGCUCGAUGGCUUUAAAUGACUUGGAAGAGAAUGAUACUUUUAUUUAUCACCAAGUAAAAUGCGAUUGGAAAGUUAUUUGGAGGAAUUUUUUGGACGUGGUCCGCGGGGAAAGCGAGAUUAUCUCGAGAACGACGAAUAUUGUGCACGUUUUGGGCAGUGUGACAGCUUUGUGUUGUGUUGAUAAAAAGGGGAUAUUAUCUUGGCCUAAUCCCACGGCGGAAAAAGUAUUUUUUCUUCGUAAUUCGGAUAAUUUAUCGAAAUCGUCUAGUUUAAACUCGAAUUUGGACGAUAUUGAAUGCGAAAUCGAUGAGAAUUUAACUAAUAAAGAGGGAGGGAAAGAAACUUCGGAGUUUAAUGAAGAUUGUGCUUCUUCAACGGUGGGUGAAGUACUUGAUUUAACCCAUAAUCAGUCAGAUCCGUUUAAAUUACACUUCGAUGAUAGAAAAUGGGAAAAAUUUUUGACCAGUUUGAAGCCGUUGGGGCUUUCGAUUUUAUUGAAUACUUGUAAUAUUGAUACGCAAGAACAUUACACAACUUUUUGUUCACACAUAACAUGCGAGGCAAUGUAUAACGAAAAUCUGGUUCCUGUUAUCAAUAGGAGAUGUUUGUGCGAGCUGGCUAAAGAAAUCGGCUUUCUUGACCAAGCUCACAAAAUAUUUGCUUUGGAACAGCAGUUGUCCACUUUUAGGCAUUUACAACCUGAAAUGGUUAGGAGGGACAAUAAAUACGCCAGGUCAUUAAGUAUGUCCACGAAAUUAAAAUUUCCUUUCCCGCACAUGUUCGCAGUCGCCGUUAAAGAGUUAAGUAGCGGUUCCGUGCAACUUUUAUCCCAAGGAACGGCCGAUAUCAUUUUGGAUUCGUGCGUCGACUUUUGGGACGGCUAUGAUUUAUGCCCCUUAACGCCGGCGGAUCGAAAAAAAAUACAAGAUUUUUAUCAACGAUGUAGUUUAACAGCUUAUUGUACAGCUUUUGCUUACAGGCCACUUUCUAAAGGAGUUAGUAAUAAAUUAAGUGAAGUUUAUUUGGAAUUACCAAGCGAUAGUCGUCAUUUAUACAGAACUCAUAGAAGCCCUACUCCCGUUCAUUGGGAUUGCAGUAAAAACGUGUUAGAGCCGAAAAUAAAAACGCCGUUAGCUCAAUUUUAUAGCACCGAUUCCUUGUUGUACAAUGAUAGCCCUUCUUUGGAAGCAUGUGAUGCGGAGAGUUGCUUCGAUAUGCAAUGCAACCAAGUUUUUAUUGGUAUGGUCACCAUGCAAUAUCAAGCACAAUCGGAUAUGGUCCAAUUAAUUGAGCAAUUAGAACGUGCUUGUAUACGAUUCGUUCAUUUUAGUAAAGAAAAUGAGCUUAGAUCGAGGGUUUUUAGCGAAAAAAUGGGGUUGGAGAGUGGUUGGAAUUGCCAUAUUUCAUUAUUAAGCGAUAGAAUUAGACUUCCGGAUGCUUCAUUGGUCGCCGUUAGGAGAGGCACCGGUUACAUGUGUGAAAAACGUCGCAUCUCUCAAAGCGCCCGAAGACUUCACACCACUCUUGGGUCACCGACUCAUUCAACCAAACUUAGCAACCUCGGAGCUUCUCGAGCGAUGAGUUUCUCAGCUCCAUCAGCUAUCAAUACGGAUUAUACGGUUGUUAAAUUUGAAAAUGAAAUUAUUCCGAUGUUGAGACAAGAAGAUAAGUGCAAUAGCAACGAGAGUGUUCAUGAUCCAGGAAAUCCACACGAUUGGCAAUCAAUGAGCCAUUUAACUAAUGAUAGUAGCGAACAUAGUGCCCCAAUUAAUUUUGAUAUGUCAAAUAGGGCAAAAUUACCAAGAGGAAUUGAUAAAAUACGUCCUCACAUUGAAAAAGUAGACAACGUUCCUUUAUUAGUAUCUUUAUUUACCGAUUGUACAGCUUCCGUAACACGAGAGAUGCUUCAAAUUAUGCAAGAUUACGAUGAAGUUGUUUGUGUAAUCGGCUCAUCUGCUAGCAAUGAAAAUAUGGGAAUUUUUAUGCAGGCUGAUGCAAGCAUCUCGGUUGAACCUUUAUACCCUCAAGUAUGUCAAAAACUCACUCCGUAUGAUUUAAAAAAUCUUCCGAAAGAUGUCCCAUCACCGAUUGAUUUAUCGCGAAAAUUAAAUUCGAUCGCUUGUUCUUUAUCGAUGAAACGCGAACAACAACCGAUUCCGAUUCACCAAUUAAUCCGGGAAUCACGACAUUUCGUUUCAAAUUUAUGGAAUUGCGUUCAAUUCUGGUUGUGUUGUUCCGUUACGAUUAGUUUUGUCCAACUUUUAACCAACGUUUUUAUGUUGCCGGCUCUUUUAACGCCCGGGCAAGUUUUAUGGCUCGUUUGCUUCGUUGUACCACUGUUAAGUGUCAGUUUAAUGGCAUCACCUUUCGAUAAAGAUAUAAUGAAGAAACCGCAACCUAAAAAUCAAAUCGCUUUUAAUAAAGAUGUGGUUAUUUUUGCUUUGUGGUGUUAUGGAAGUAAAUUUACGUUACUUAUUGUGAUAGUUAUCUUAACUUACGCGGCCACGGUGGCCACUAAUUGCAACAAUUUCUGUUUCAUACAGAAUUGUACGUGUCUUUGGUUUUACUUGCCACAUUUUGACGCUAAUUCAACUUUCCCUGUGAUUCACAGCGAUUUUGAGUUUGGCCCUUUAAUAAUUCAAGCUCAAAAUGUGAGUUUAAUACUCAUCGUUUUACAUUUAGUUCCUAUUUCAGCUGGAUUUGUUUUCCGACAACACUUAUUUAUUAAAAAGAAACCUUAUCAUAACUUAAUUUGGACAGGAGCAGUUAUAAUAAUAACUAUUUUCCAAUUAAUUUAUUCGGCAAUAAAUAUGUUUACGAUUUAUGGGGAACUCCCAGAGACUUUGGGGUUCAACCCAAUGCAUGGUUUUUUAAUAUUUGGUUGUUUAUCGCCGGUUUUAACCUUAGUUUUAAACGAGGUUAUCAAAAAACACGAAAUAAAGGUUAAUUUGCGCUAUCAAAGGCGUGCAAGACUGGAUUUUGGUACAAAAUUAGGGAUGAAUUCGCCGUUUUAAGUUUAAAACUAGUCACACCACCAAAAAAAACAAAACCGAGUAUUCAAAGUCUGACAAAAAACUGCCUUUUUUGAAAUUAAUCUUAUUUUUUACAAUAAAAAGUAUAUG